AUGGAGUCCAGCAGCUGUCAACGCGUCAGCCAACAGCCAAGACAGUGUAAGGCACUGGACAGCCUUAGGGUAAAUAUCAACCACAGCUCUUUCACUGUGAAUAAAACCAUUCUGGCUGAGAACUGUGAGUACUUUAGAGCAAUGUUUCGGUCAGGAAUGAGAGAGUGCCAACAAGAAGAGACUAUCUUGCAAUGUGUGGGGGUUUUGGGCUUUCUGGUCAUGCAGCAGGUCCUGAACGGAGAGCUACCCAUGCUGAACAGUGACCAGAUUGUGGAGGCCAUUGAGUGUACUGCUUUUCUGCAGGUGCCAGCUCUCACCAAGCACUUGAUUAAUAUUGUCAACUCUGAAAACUGCCUCCUCAUGUACCACACAGCUGCCACCUAUGGUGUGUGGGACCUCUACCACAGUUCAGCCUUGUUCAUCAGAGAUAUUUACACAGACCUGAAGGAGGAUGUUCACACCUUACCCAAAAAGCUGGUAGAUUACAUCAAGUCUCUUCUCCCAAGUAGCUACAUGGCAGUUUGUAGCCACUCGCCCUCCAGUAAGCUGCUGCAGGAUCUCCAGAGGACAAUCUUAUACCUGGAUGAAGAAAAGAGAGAGUGGAAUGUCCUGACACACCUACCUAUGAGCACAAGCACCACCAUGGCGGGCGUGGCUGUCUUGGAGAACAAACUUUACAUCAUCGGAGGUGUACAUGAUGUCAGCAAGAAGGUGGUAGAGACUGGUUUCUGUUAUAACCCAGCAACUAAUACAUGGUCCACCAUCUGUGGCCCCCAGCAGCUACGCUACAACUUCACUUUGAUAGGUCAUGAGAAUUGCCUCUAUGCCAUAGGAGGUGAGUACAACAAGAAGGCCCUGUCAUCUAUGGAGAGAUACAGGGUGUCUAAUGGAAGCUGGAGCUUUGUCUCCCCCCUCCCCUGCGCUGUAGUAUCAGCAAUGUCUGCCACAGCCCUGAACAGGAUCUUUGUCUGUCUCUGGAAAGGUAAGGGGGCCACAGAAAUACAUGAGUAUGUGCCUGAACAGGACCAGUGGCUUCUGGUCACUACACUCAUUCGCCAACACAGUUAUGGUCUUUAUAUGGUGGCCCAUAAAGACAAUUUGUAUGUGAUGCGCAAUGGACCCUGUGAUGACUUUUUACUGUGUGUGAUGGACUGCUAUAACCUAAGCUCAGGCCAGUGGACAGCGAUGUUGGGCCAGUACACGAACAGCGAAGGCUCUCUGUUGACUGCUGUGGUCAGAGGAGACUCUGUGUUUACACUCAGCCAACAGGUAACCACAGAAUACACUGUAGAGGAUUAUACAUGGAGAGUAAGGCGUGAGAUGAAAGGUUUCGGGAGGAUUGGAUCCAUAUAUACAUUUAUGAUGAGGCUGCCUAAAGACAGUAGCCCCCGCAUGGAAAACUCUCUUGAUCUGACUCAGGACCAGUUAUUCAGAGACCUUGGUGAGUGUCCGUGAUUCUCCCCACAAUGGUCUG